AACAGAGCAGUCAACAGUUUGAAACCCUGGUUUUGUUUGUUCGUUGUGGCAGAGACAAACAAAGUGAACACUAGUUUGUGUCUCUGUGAAGUUGAAGUUGAACUCUGAUUCAAUGUCGAGGACAACAGAGAUUCUUCAGGAACUGGAAUCAUUGAAGGAAGCCAAGACCAGAAUCGACCAAAAAAUCUCUGUUCUUGAAGCUCAACUGAAAGAUGUUAAUCUCCAUAACAACGACGCAGUAUCCUCUUCACCAUAUCCCACAAACGGGUUGGCGCCUCACAUGAUUCAAAGAUACAGUCGUCACCUCGUGCUUCCUUCCUUUGGAGUUCAAGGGCAGGCUAAUCUGUUGAAGUCAUCAAUUUUAGUUGUGGGAGCUGGAGGAUUGGGUGCUCCUGCGUUGUUAUACUUUGCAUCUUGUGGUGUUGGCCGUUUGGGAAUUGUUGAUCAUGACAAGGUUGAGCUGAGUAAUAUGCAUAGACAGAUUAUCCACACUGAAGCGUAUAUUGGUCAGCCGAAAGUGAAAUCUGCUGGUGCUGCUUGUCGCUUGGUCAACUCCUCUAUUCAAGUUGUGGAACAUGAAGAAGCUUUGCGGAAUUCCAAUGCUUUGGAAAUUUUCAGCAAAUAUGACAUUAUAGUAGAUGCAACAGAUAAUGCUCCUACCCGGUAUAUGAUCAGUGACUGCUGUGUGGUACUAGGAAAGCCUCUUGUAUCAGGUGCUGCAGUUGGAUUGGAAGGGCAGCUCACUGUCUACAAUUACAAUGGUGGUCCUUGCUAUCGAUGCCUCUUUCCAACUCCACCACCUAGAACUGCAUGCCAAAGUUGUGCUGAAGCUGGAGUUCUAGGAGUAGUUCCUGGUAUAAUUGGCUGUCUCCAAGCUCUUGAGGCUAUUAAGAUUGCAGCUUCUGUUGGUGAACCGCUCUCAGGAAGAAUGCUUCUCUUUGAUGCAUUGUCUGGACGGAUCCGUGUUGUCAAGAUUAGAGGAAGGUCUAUGCAAUGUGAAGCUUGUGGAGAAAAUGCAACAUUUACUCAACAGCACUUCCGGGAAUUUGAUUAUGAGAAGUUCACUCAGACACCCUUGUGCGUGCCUCCUUUGAAGUUAAAUAUACUCCCAGCUGAAUCAAGAAUCAGCAGCAAGGAAUACAAAGAAGUGAUUCAUAACAAGGAACCACAUGUGUUGGUUGACGUUAGACCAGCUCACCAUUUUAAGAUUGUAUCUCUUCCCAAAUCCCUCAACAUUCCACUCUCAAAUUUAGAGGCCAGGUUGCCUGAAAUAUCAUCAGCUUUGAAGAAAGAGGUUUCUGUUGGAUCAAGUGAAGCACAAUUGUAUGUGGUGUGCAGAAGAGGGAAUGAUUCACAAAGGGCUGUUGAGUACCUUCACAAAAUGGGUUUCACUUCUGCAAAGGAUAUUGUUGGGGGCAUUGAGUCUUGGGCCCAGAAUGUGGAUCCUAACUUCCCUACAUAUUAGCUUUACUGCUUUAUUUGUGUAUUAUUUGUUUUGUAUGUUGUUUGGUGGUUAAUGCACAACACAGGAUGUUUUUUUUCUUUCACUAUAAUUCCCUCUUAUAUAAUACUUUAUUUCAGAGAAGACAAGACAAAUAAAUGACACAUUAUUAUCA